AUGGGUCAGACAGGUGCAACGGCUCUGUUCUACGCCUCCCAGCAAGGGCACAAUGACAUCGUCAAGCUGCUGUUCGAGUUCGGGGCCUCCACCGAGUUCCAGACAAAGGAUGGUGGCUCUGCCCUCUCGGCCGCCUGCCAGCACGGUCACGCCAAGGUGGUGGAGACUCUGCUCAAGAACGGCGCCAACGUCCACGACCAGCUACAUGAUGGAGCCACUCCCCUUUUCUUGGCCGCCCAAGAGGGUCACGUGAGCAUUAUACGCCACCUGCUGUCAGUGGGAGCUAAAGUCAACCAAGCUCGGGAGGACGGCACGGCCCCGCUGUGGAUGGCGGCACAGAUGGGACACAGCGAAGUGGUGAAGGUGCUGCUGCUGCGCGGGGCGGAGCGGGACGCCGACAGAAAGGACGGCUCGACCGCACUGUUCAAGGCCGCUUACAAAGGGCACAAUAACGUCAUCGAGGAGCUGCUGAAGUUCUCUCCGUCCCUCGGCAUGCUGAAGAACGGGUACACGGCCCUCCACGGCGCGGUCAUGGGUGGGAACCUUCGCUCGGUGGUGCUGCUGCUAGGAGCCAACGCGGACCCCACUCUACCAAACAAGAACAACGAACUGCCGGGAGACCUUACGCAGAACGAGCGGAUCCUGCGGGUCCUGCGAACACAGACGGAGACCGGAAAGAGUUGAUGACCGCCCCGAGGCCUUCGCCCCCCUGCCCCACGGCCAUUAAAUCAAAGAAGUGCACUGAGCUCCCUUCAGAGAAGG